CGGGGGCGGCUGCGCCGGGACCCGCCCUUCGCCCGGGGACCCUCGCCCGGGGAUCCGACACCGCCGCCCGACACCGCGGGGGGGGGAGGGCAGCGCUCCGGGGGCCCCCCCCGGCACCGCCUCCCCGCGCGCCGGGCCUGGGCCCCCGCGGAUGAGGCGGUGAGGCCGCGGCCCUUCCCCCGCCCCCUCCCGGGGCCUCCCUUCCCCUCCCGGGUCCCCCCCCCCCCCCUUUCCCCUCCCUCCCGCCUCCGCCGGGGCCUCGCGGCCCGCUCCCCAUGUAGGAGGGAGGGCCGAGGCCCCGGGGCGGGCGCGGAGGGAGUUUGAGGGAGUUUGAAGCCCGGGGGGGGUUCCCAGGAGUUCCCCUCGGCCGUUCCCGAGCGCAGCGGGGGAAGGAAGGAAUGCCCAACCCGGAGAGACAUGGGGGCAAGAAGGACGGCGGCGGCGGGGCCUCGCAGGCGGGCAGCUCCAACAGCAGGGAGAGGCACCGCGCGGGCUCCAGGCACAAGAGGCACAAAUCCAGGCACUCCAAGGAGUCCCCGCUGGCGGCCCAGGAGGCGGCGGCGCCCCUGGGAGCCGUGAUCAAGCCGCUGGUGGAGUACGACGACAUCAGCUCGGACUCGGACACCUUCUCGGACGACGUGGCCCUGAGGCCGGACAGGAGGGACAGCGAGGACAGGAGGGAGCGCGGCGAGAGGGCGCAGAAGCACCGGCACCACCAGCACAAGCGGCUGCGGGAGCUGAUGAAGAGCAAGCAGGCGGAGAAGGACAGGAAGCUGGAGAAGGGCCUGGAAGCCUCCAGCAGGUCCGCCAAGGAGAGGGUCUCGGGAUCCUCCAAGAGGCUCCCGGAGAGCGACGAGCACCCCAAGGCUCCCUCCUCCAAGGGCAGCAACAAGGAGUCGCGCUCGGCCAAGGCGCACAAGGAGAAGUCCAGGAAGGAGCGGGAGCUCAAGUCCAGCCACAAGGAGCGCGGCAAGAGCCACCGCAAAAGGGACGCCCCCAAGAGCUACAAAACCCUCGACAGCCCCAAGCGUAAGUCGCGGAGCCCCCACAGGAAGUGGUCGGACAGCCCCAAGCUGGACGACAGCCCCUCGGGAGCCUCCUACGUGCAGGAGUACGAGCUGAGCCCGCCGCGCUCGCACACGUCCAGCACCUACGAGCCCUACAGGAAGAGCCCCGGCGGCUCCUCUCGCCGGCAGUCGCUCAGCCCGCCCUACAAGGAGCCCGUGGGCUACCAGUCCAACGCCCGCUCGCCCAGCCCCUACAGCCGGCGGCAGCGCUCCGUGAGCCCCUACGCCCGCCGGCGCUCGUCCAGCUACGAGAGGGGCAGCGGAUCCUACAGCGGGAGGUCCCCGAGCCCCUACGGGCGCCGCCGCUCCAGCAGCCCCUUCGCCUCCAAGCGCUCCGUGAGCAGGAGCCCCAUCGCCAGGAAGUCCGUGAAGUCCCGGAGCCGCAGCCCUGGAUACUCAAGACACUCAUCUCACAGCAAAAAGCAGAGGUCUGGGUCCCGCAGCCGCCAUUCCAGCAUCUCCCCCACGAGGCUCCCGCUGAACUCCAGCCUGGGAGCAGAGCUCAGCAGGAAGAAGAAGGAGCGAGCGGCCGCGGCAGCAGCUGCGGCCAAGGUGGACGGCAAGGAGGCGAAGGGCUCCCCGGUGUUCCUGGCCAGGAAGGAGAACAGCCUGGCCGAGCUGAAGGAGGCCGGGCCGGAGUCUAAAAAGGCCACCAAAAUUGUGAAAUUGGAGAAGGCUCCGCCAGACCCAGAGUCAGUGAACUUACUGCACACCAACGCCGAGCCCAAGGGCCCCGCGGAGCCGGCGAGGGCCCGGCUGGAGGAGAACGCGGAGCGCAAACAUCCCGCGCCGGCUCGGGACUCCAAACCCUCGGGAACAAAGGACUCGAAGCCCGGAGCGGCGGUGGAGGACCUGGUAUCUCCAAAGGAGACAGACACAGCGGAGAAGGAGAUCCCACCCCCCCUGCCCUCAAUCAAGUCCCCCCCUCCACCCCUGCCCACCACCACCCCUCCGCCUCCAACUCCGCCGCUGCCGCCUUUGCCUCCGUCUCCUGCCACCGUCCCGCCUUUGCCUCCAGCCCAAGUGACUCCUGCCCAGGCCCCUCCUCCAGCCCCAACGUCUUUGCCAUCCUCCUCCCACCCAAGGACGUCUACUUUAUCCUCUCAGGUGAACUCCCAGUCCUCUGUGCAGGUGGCUACAAAAACCCAAGUGUCUGUGACGGCUGCUAUCCCACACCUGAAAACUUCCACCUUGCCUCCGCUUCCGCUGCCCCCUAUUUUAGUUGGGGAAGAUGACUUGGAUAGUCCAAAGGAGAUUCUUCCUCCGAAACCUGUGAAGAAGGACAGAGAGCAGAGACCACGCCACUUACUCACGGACCUCCCGCUCCCCCCGGAGCUCCCCGGGGGGGACCCAUCUCCUCCCGACUCCCCAGAACCAAAGGCAGCCACACCACCUCAGCAACCCUUCAAAAAGAGACCAAAAAUCUGUUGUCCUCGGUAUGGGGAGAGGAGACAGACGGAAAGCGACUGGGGGAAGCGCUGUGUGGACAAGUUUGACAUCAUUGGGAUUAUCGGAGAGGGGACCUAUGGGCAGGUCUACAAAGCCAAGGACAAGGACACAGGUGAGCUGGUGGCCCUGAAGAAGGUGCGCCUGGACAACGAGAAGGAGGGAUUUCCCAUCACGGCCAUCCGGGAGAUCAAAAUCCUGCGGCAGCUCAUCCACCGCAGCGUCGUCAACAUGAAGGAGAUCGUCACGGACAAACAAGAUGCACUGGAUUUCAAGAAGGACAAAGGUGCCUUUUACCUUGUGUUUGAGUACAUGGACCAUGACCUAAUGGGGCUGCUAGAAUCUGGCUUGGUACAUUUCUCAGAGGACCAUAUCAAGUCUUUCAUGAAACAGUUAAUGGAGGGUCUGGACUAUUGUCACAAAAAGAACUUCCUUCAUCGAGACAUUAAGUGCUCCAACAUCUUACUGAACAACAGUGGGCAAAUCAAACUCGCGGAUUUUGGACUCGCCCGACUCUACAGCUCAGAGGAGAGCCGGCCCUACACCAACAAAGUGAUCACCUUGUGGUACCGACCCCCGGAGCUGCUGCUGGGGGAGGAGCGUUACACCCCUGCCAUCGACGUGUGGAGCUGUGGGUGAGUGUUCUCUUGGCUCUGAGCAGCAGCUCAGG